CUUCCUUGAUUUUACGCGUUUUAUUAUGGUUGUUAAGUGCUGGUGUAAAGUCACUUAGAUCUCUUCUAUUAUUAGUGUGAGUGGUGGUAGUCUCAGGCCCGAUGGAUGAAGUCAAAAAGAAAUCAAUAGUACCAUUCUUAAGACAAUGUUUCGUGACGGCUGGUGUAAGCCUGAACGUGCUCGGGCAUGGCGCUGUGGUGGGCUUCUCUGCCUUCCUCAUCCCAGGGCUUCGGCAACCGGACUCACAUAUCAAAACUACUUUGGCGGAUGAAUCUUCUAUUGCAUCCAUCGUGGGCAUCGCUCUGAUCGUGGGAAACCUGAUUAUGACGCUCAUCGCAGCGAGGUUAGGCCGGAAGAAAUCCCACAUCCUCACCACUAUCCCGAUCAUCAUUGGAUGGAUCAUCAUAGUCCUCGCCAACAGCGUCACAGCUCUCGUGUUUGCCAGGUUUCUCCAAGGAGUUUCCAUGGGGAUGCACGCGCCUCUAGGGUCAGUUAUAGUUGCCGAAAUGACCGAUCCUGCGAAUAGAGGAGCACUAAUCUCGUGUCUCUCUCUUUCAUUUGCCAUAGGAAACUUCAUCUGUCAUACGGUCGGAGGAUAUUUGACCUGGCAACAUAGCGCUCUGGCCAUGUUAAUCGUACCCUUUUCAAGUCUUAUAAUAAUUGUGCUGUCUCCAGAAUCACCGGCUUGGUUGAUCUCCAAAGGACGGAACGAUGAAGCCACAAAGGUUUUCUACUGGCUCCGAGGCAAAAGUGAAGAAGAAGACGCAGAGUUAGAAAGGAUGAUAACAGCACAGAGUGUGAUCAGGAAAUCAAGUGUCAUUGGGCAGGACUUGCCUUUCAAUACCCGAAUAAGAAGGUUCUUGAGAUACGUAAACGAGACCUUUAGGAAGCCUGAAUUCUACAAACCCAUUUUAAUUAUGAUGUUUGUGUAUAUUACUUUCCAAUUUUCUGGCACCAACGUCAUCAACUCGUAUGCAUUAGACAUCAUAAAGCAACUAGUUGGUCCCGAUGCAAACGCAAAAUUCCUUCUAAUGGCUAUGGAUGUCAACAGAAUUAUUUGCAGUUUGAUAGCUGUUUUCUUGAUGAGGAAGUUGAAUAGGCGGACUAUGUUAAUCGGAAGUGGAGCAGCGGUUAUUUUGUGCUACUAUGCAAAGGGAGCGUUUGUUCAAGCAAAGCAAAGUGGAAUACUGCCACCAGCACUAGAGGGGCAAUGGCUUCCCAUCCUGAUUUUGGCUGUCUACGUCACUAUGGCAGUUGGGUGUUCGAUAUUGCCUUUUGCGUUGGCUGGAGAGAUAUUUCCUCUGGCGUAUCGAGGGUUAGCUGGAGGAAUUAGCUCAACGCUAUGGUCUUUGAACUACUUCAUAGCUGUGAAGAGUUUUCCGAUUUUGGUCGUGAAUGUGGGACUACCUUUGACGUACUUGCUGUAUGGUUGUGUGAUGGUGGUCUGUUUGGUGUUUCUCUACUUUUCGUUGCCCGAGACGAAGGAUAAAACCCUGCAGGCGAUUGAGGAUGGGUUCCGUGGGUUGACGGCAGCAGACAAGAAGGCUGCGGAGCCGCUUGCAGAAGAAAGUAAGGAGACUAUGCGCAGGAACAGUUCUGUGAUAAUUAUCAAUUGAAGUGAUAGGGAAAUUAGGAAUUUUAUUAAACAUUAUUGUAAUAAUUGGGGUGUGUGGUCACCGACUGCUCACUGCCAUUUGAAAGCUUUUAAGAAGAAUAAAAUAAUAAUAAGCAUUUUAUAUGUAUAGAAAGACUCGAAAAUGUAGCCGACAGACUAAGUUACUUUAGCAUUAAAUGUACCUAAUGUUAGUAGGUAUAGAUUAUUAUCAUUUGUGAUAUUAUAUUAUUAGAAAAUAAAAGUUAUCUCAUUUU